UUGCUACAUUGGAUGGUUUCACUCAUGCUUGCUGGCAGUGAUUCUGCAAUUUUAGGGUUUUCUGAUCUGUUAGAACUCGAUUGGUUCUUUCUUGUCAAGCGCAAUGAUCGAACGUGAUGGCCCGAACCGAGGCAGACAGAGCGUGGGAUGGAACGGUUCGGAAGCAGGUUUUGUGCAGCAGCAGGAGUUGGCAUGAUUCGCCACUGCAGUUAUUCAGGAGAGCCAGGAGGGUGACAAGGUGCAGUAGUAGUUGUGGUUGUGGGCGUUUUCCUGACGGAAAUGGAUUAUGGAUUUUUGACAGUCGAAACCAGGGUUCACUCGCAUUUCCCAGCUUUAUUUGAGAAAUUGGACAGAUGUUCUAUUUCAAGGCUUUGGAAUAUCGGUGGGAUUUUUUGACUGAGGUGCAGAUACUCUUGGGAGUCGUCGGGGGAUCACCAAAACGUCAGCUCCUGUCUGAGCUAUCAAUAUCGGUGGAGUACGGAGUUUGAUUUGGUUUUGUGUCAGCAGGUUCAUAUUGCAGAACCAGACAAUCGUAGCAGCACUUUUGUGUACCGACUUUUUGCUCUCAAUAGCAAGGUGAAGGUCGGUCGUAAUGAAAAAAAUCACUUACCGCAAGCGCGUAGCAAGCGUGAAGCACCUCCGGAACUGCGAGUCUUGAGCAGGCGAACAUCUGUGUGCAGAGUAGGCCUUAGCAGGAAAGGGGCUUCUUCGCGCUUGCUAGCAGCAGGUUCUGGUAGAUUCUCGGACAAGUUAGCGCAUGGAAAUGAACAUAUCUCCCGGGCCUGGUCUGAGGCUGGGAAGAAAGCGCUCAAAGAAUUGGGAGCCAUGGGAGGUUUAUCUUCUUAUCCAGGCGAAGAAAGUUGAAUGGGAGCGGCAUGAAGCAAAUCCGACUCGGGAUCGCUACUCAGAGAAUAGCGCUCUGAGGUGGAAGAAGAUCGAGGAGUUCAUGAAAUCACAACAUGUCAACAGAGAUUCGUCUGCCUGCAAGAAUAGAUGGGAUGCGACUGUGGCCGAGUACAAGCUUGUGAAAGAUUGGGAUGUUAAGCCUGGUAACAGAUCUUUUCAGUCCCUUUCUCCUCAGGAGAGGAAGCAAGCUAGUUUGCCGAGCUAUUUUGACAUCAAAUCCCGAGAGCUGCUCGAUUCAUUUCUUGGAGGUAGAGCAUACAAGGCUCCACCCCACAGCCUCCCUUUCCUCAUAGGGGCCGAGGUUGACGAGAAGGAAACCACACAAGCUGGUGAGACCAGUGCUGCAAAGACCAAGUAUGACCAAGGCUUUACGAAGGGUGAAGAUAUGAACCAAGGUUCUUCGGGAAAGAAACGGCGAAAGGCGUCGCAGGGCUUGGCCGGAGUAAUGGCAGCUUUUCAAGAUCUGUCAUCCAGAAUAAUGCGCAUAGAGAGAGAAAACUCGGGUAGGGCUAAGGAGGCCCACGAAAUGGCCAAAGACGCGCAUGCACUCGAGAAGAGAAAGUUUGAGUUUCAGCUUAGGAAAAUAGAGCGAGAGGACGAACGGGCUGACAAAUUUGUCGGUGUACUUGGUCAGAUUGCGGAAGCAUUUCAUAAAGUAGCUGAGAAAAUGUGAAAGUUGUUAAUAUGUCCAAAUAGAUUACAUGAAAAAGCAGGUGGAUUCUCUACAUCUUCGUCACAACGUUCACCUCUGGGCCUUAGUCCUUGUCUGGAAUGCAAAGGAAUUAUGCCUCAAGCUCUCCGUCUAUAUGUUAUCUGGAAAUGACAGACUUCUAGUUUGCGCAAAUGCAGACUGGUUGAAUUAGUGCUACGCGCUAUAUCGGUACGGAUAUAUCACCAACGUGUCGGUUCGCGCGAAACAUCCAAUUGUAUUUACAAGGGAACAGAUGUUAAAAGGAGCCGC